AUGCAUUACGAUCCUUUGGUAGCCCUAUCUACAUUAUCACCGAUAGAAAAAUUAUCGGAUGAAAAUUCCAAAAAGAAAUCAAGAUGGGGAAAUAAUGCAAAUAAUUCUUUAGAAAAUAAAGUUGUUCCAAGUAAAUGGGGAGAUGAAAAUUACAAACCAUAUUUACCAUUACCAUUUGUCGAUUUCCCACCAGGUUUAACACCUUCACAAUUAGAUCAAUUUUUAAGGGAGCAAAGAUACGAUGAAUUAACAAAAAAAUUAAAUAAAGGAGAGUUAGAGCAUGUCGAUCCAGAUAUAAGACCUGCAUCACCUCCACCAAUUUAUGAUAAAAAUGGAAAUAGAAUAAAUACUAGAGAAGCUCGAAUUAAAAAUAGUAUGAUUGAAGAGCAUCAUAGAUUAGUUGAAUAUUUAUUAAAACAUGUUGAAGGUUUUGUAGCUCCUUCUAAUUAUAAACCUAUUAAAAAAAUUCGUAAAAUUGAAAUACCAAUUGAUAAAUACCCAGAAUAUAAUUUUAUGGGAUUAAUAAUUGGGCCAAGAGGUUGUAAUCAUAAAAGGUUGGAAGCAGAGAGUGGAGCACAAAUAAGUAUAAGAGGUAAAGGUACACAAAAAGAAGGAAAAAAAACAGAUCAUCAAACAGAUAUUGAAGCAAAUAUGCCUAAACAUGUUCAUAUAUCAGGAGAUACUGAAGAAUGUGUUGAAAGAGCAGUAAGUUUAAUAACUCCAUUGUUAGAUCCUACACAUCCAUUACAUGAAGAAUUUAAAAAAAAAGGUUUAGAACAAUUAGCAUUAGUAAAUGGAAUAAAUUUAAAUCAAUUAGAAACACAAAGAUGUGCAAUGUGUAAUUCAACAACACAUUUGACACAUGAAUGUCCAGAAAAUAUGAAUAUACAAAAUUUUAAAAAACCUGAAAUAAAAUGUAAUUUAUGUGGUGACCAUGGUCAUAUAACACUUGAUUGUAAACUAGCCAAACAAAAUAAUUUUAUGAAAAAUAAUUUCGACCCAGCUAAUAUACCUGCACCACCACCCGAUGAUGGAAUGACUUCUACCUAUGACAGAAAAAAUAAUUACCCUUAUAUAAAUAAGCAAGAUAAAACACAAAUGGAUAUGGAAUAUCAAAAAAUGAUGAGUGAAUUAAAUAAGGAUUGGGAUGGCACUAAUAAUAAUCAAAAAGAUACAUCAAAUAGUAAACAUAAUAAUAAAAAUUAUGGUCAUAAUAUGAUGCCACAAAUGAAUAUGAAAAAUAUGAAUAAUCCUAAUUUUAUUCCACUAGGAAAAAGUAAUAAUUCAUUUAACGAUGAUUUAAAAAAUGUUGGUCAUCAAAAUUAUUAUAAUACAAAAACAGGAGUAAAUAAUAAUGACAAUGAACAAAAUUUUAAUGCAAAUAUGAAUUAUCAAGGGAUGGCUAAUAUGCCAUUAAAUCCACCAUUACCAAUGUUACCAAAUUUUUUUAAUUUUUCUCCAUUUAUGAAUACUGCUUUUCCUCAAAAUGGAGCAUUGCCAUAUCCCAAUGGCCAGCAAAUGCCCAUGGACCCCAUGUAUAUGCAGGCCUUUCCUGGGUGGCCGCAAAUUCCUAUGAACUAUUCAGAGGAUUUCCUGGCACAAGCUGCUGCGCCUGACACCAAUCCCCCACCUCUUCCAUCAGAAAAUGCAAACCCCCCCGAAGAAACAAAUGAUAUGUAG